AUGGCGCCACCAAAAGAGACCAAGUUCAAGGUCGCUGCAGCCCACGCGGCACCCGUGUUCAUGGACAAAGCAGCCACGAUCAAGAAAACCAUCAAACUCAUUGAGCAGGCUGCAUCAGAUAAUGUCAAGCUCCUGGUAUUCCCCGAAACAUUUAUUCCUGGGUACCCGUAUUGGACAGAGGCUUACCCACCGAUGGAUCAGGUCGGUGCCAUCGCCAAAUAUACUGAAGAGAGCGUGGUAGUUGAACCUAAUGGAGAGGACGUCAGUGCCAUCCAGGACGCCUGCCGUCACCACAGUAUCGCCAUCAACCUUGGAAUUUCUGAACGUAUGGCUAACACCCAUACACUCUUCAACUCGCAAGUGAUCAUCGAUAGCGAUGGAACUAUUCUUGGUGUCCAUCGCAAACUUCAGCCGACGUUUGUUGAGCGCAUGGUGUGGGCGCAAGGCAACGGGUCCACCUUGCGCACCUGGCCCCUUUCCCUUGGCUACAACCUAGGCGGUCUCGCCUGUUGGGAGCACACCAUGAACGGUGCACGUCAAGCACUUAUUAUGCAGAACCAGCAUAUCCACGCUGGCGCAUGGCCUGCUCUCUCCACUUUAAGGGACUUUGCAGGAGUAGCCAAUACGCAGAUUGAAGCGUUGAUGAAGAUGCAUGCCUUAACUGCACAAGUCUUUGUUAUCACUGCGUCUGACUACGUUAACCAGCAAGCUCUUGAUUGGAUGGAAAAAAACCUCGGAAAACAGGAUCACAUUAAGGCUGGAGGAGGCUGGUCCUCAAUCCUCCACCCUUUCUGCAUGUUCAUUGCUGGCCCUCACAGUGGCGCAGAGGAAAAGCUUGUGACAGGCGAGAUCAACUUCGCAGACCUUGGCCCUGUGAAGGUAUGGGUUGAUGCAGCCGGUCAUUAUCAACGUCCAGAAAUCCUCCAGUUCGGAUACGACUCCCGAGCCCAUUGGCUGGACGAGAAAGUGGAUCGCUUUAAGCCGCGUGGCGAGCUGAAGCCCAAAGAAGAGGCAGAUGAGCAGUCAUAA